UUGGGUUAAAUGUUAACUUGGGCCUACUUAUAAAGACGAGUUCCGUGCCCCGCAGCGUUCGAAAACGAUUCUCUUUCCCCACAACCUGGCUUUCUCCCCGCACAGAGAUGACAGAAGAAUCAAUGGAGAAUGUGGAGUUCGAGCAAGAGCAUGUAAACGAUUCGAACUUUUCGAUUCCUCGUGGUGGUCCUAUCUAUAUUCCGAACAUGGUAGGCUCUCUCACUAGGGUUGCUGACUUCGAGGCCUCUGCUGCCCGCCAACUUCAGGAUUUAGAGUACGAGUUGUUGACAGAUUCUUACGUUGACGAGGAUAUAUGUGUUGAUGAGCUUAAAGUUUUCACAGAGGAAGAGUUGGUUGAUAUGGCUUUGAAGGAAGCUUUUCAAGAUGCUGAGAAUACUGAGAAAUCUUUGCAACUCUGGGAAGGGAACUCUGUUGCAGGAAAAAAUGAUACAUCUGCCAAUAAAAAUGGGUGUUCUAAUUGCUUUCAAAGAGGAGGGAAUGCUUCUGCUUCAUUAGUACCAGCAUAUGGAUCUCAGUCCGACAACAUUCUCAAUGUAGCUGCAAAUAAUACCGAAUCAAGAAUAAAGAAAAGAAGAGUGAAUAAGUGUGCUCUGGAGGAUAGUUAUAUUGAAAAGGUGGAGCAACUUGCAAAAAUUAAACAAAAGCAAGAUGAAGACAAAGCAGCAGCUAGGCUUCAUUGUUUCAUCCCUAGCUGCAAGGCCAAUGAAUCUGCCGUUGCAUCGUCGGAGAAAAUUGAAAGGAUGCAAUCGCUCAGGUCCAUAAACUCUGAAAGAAAGGUUUGGCAGCCACCCAUAGUUAGCAACGAUGUCAGUGAAGGCAUGGCUUUAUUGAUGUAUUCAUGGAUGAAGCCAUCAAAUAUUCAGGAGCAUAUGCCUGUGUUAUAUCCUGAAGUUGUGCUUUGCAUUGAAGUUUAUCAUGCUGUACGAAAAUUGGCAAAGACCCAAGAGCUUUUGGUCCUAGGGCGACAAACCUUGACUGAACUAAGGGAUAAGAUUUAUUGUUUGACAGACUCUGUGAUGCAAAAGGCGGGGCAGCAUGAUCCUUCGGGAUAUUUUCUCAUAGAAGAUGUAUUUUGCAAUGAUUUAAGAGAUCCCUCAGCCAUAGAUUAUAGUGAACCUAUAUUCGAUUGGCUUAGGGACUCGAGGGAUGAAGCUCUUAGAAAGUGGGACUGCAUUAUAAGUGGCGAUUUACAAAAGAAGCAAAAAGCAAUUAUAGGCGAGGUAAAAUCAUCAGAUUUGCCUCAUUUCAAGGCCGUUGCAAUGCAGAACACACAGUUUUGUGACUUGAGGUUUCGACUUGGUGCUGGAUAUUUAUACUGUCAUCAGGGAGACUGUAAGCAUACUAUAGUAAUCAGGGACAUGAGGUUGAUUCAUCCUGAGGAUGUGCAGAACCGGGCAGCUUAUCCAAUUAUCAUCUUUCAAAUGAAGUUACGCGGCCAAAAAUGUGAUGUUUGCAAUAUCUAUAGAGCGACCAAGGUUAGUGUAGAUGACAAGUGGGCAGGGACAAACCCUUGUUAUUUCUGUGAUGAUUGCUAUUUCCUUCUUCACCACAACAAAGAUGGCAGCCUUUUGUACAGUGACUUCCUAGUGUAUGAACAUGUGCAUGAUUAGUUGUUUUCGGGUAUGCACACAGUUGAUGAUAAUUCAACUCUAAUUUGAAUCAGGCCAAGCCGAAUGAAUUGAUUAAGAAAA